GCUGAAGAAAGCGUCGGCCGUGUACUCAAGGCAACCGGGGAAACUUGAGGAGAAAGAGAAGAGAAGGGGGUGGGCGUAAAGGCGCCGCAAGUUCUGGGCACUCUUUGGCGAGAGCAGUUCUGCCCCUCUGCGGAGUAAGGGCUCUGCUUGCUGUAAAAUAGACUCCCAUGAUGCUACAUCUGUCUCUGAAGAUGCUCAUCUCCUUGCUCCUCUUUCUAACAGGAUUUCCAGAAAUCAGCUCCCUGGAGAUCUCUCCCAGUGACAAUGAAGUUAUCCUCAGUCUCUACAGUGAUUUUUCCCUGACCUGCUCAGGGCAGAAUGAAGUUUUCUGGAGAAAGGAUGGCAAAAUCCCUUUAGACAGCAUGCUGGAGAAAAGGGGCAGCACUUUUGUUAACACGCUGACACUCAGGAAUGUAACUGGCUCCAACACGGGCGAGUAUUCCUGUACCUCCGAUCAAUCCCCAGAAGAAAAAGCCAUCUACAUUUUCGUACCAGACCCCUCGCUGCCAUUUCUACCAAACACUCAAGAAGACUCAUUCAUUUUCAUCACGGGCUAUGGUGAGAGCAUUAUCCCAUGCCGUGUGACAAACCCCAACACUACAGUGACUCUUUAUGAAAAAAGGGUUAAUGACCCAGUUCCUGGCACUUACGACACACAACUAGGCUUCAAGGGGCACUUUGAUGACAUGACCUACAUCUGCAGGGCAACACUAGGAGAUCAGGAGUUUGACUCUGCACCGUACUACAUCUACAUCAUCCAAGUUUCUUCCUCUCCUACCUCCCACUUCAACAUUACUAUCAGUGCGGUGCAAACUGUUGUGAAGCGAGGUGAAAACAUAACUGUGACGUGUGCAGUGAGAGGCAUUGAGUUGAUCAGUUACGCCUGGCAUUAUCCUGCCGAGAAGGUUGGGAAGAAAGUACAACCACUGGCAGAUAUCCCACCAGGUGCCCGUCACUACACUAGUUCCAUCCUAACCAUCCACAACGCAGGCCUGGAGGAUGAAGGGCUGUACACCUGUGAGGCCACUGACACCUACCAUGGGCAAAAAGAAACACAAGACAUCUCCAUCAGAGUGAUCAAGCAUGGCUUUGUGACCUUCCACACUGCUUUCAAUGAGACCAUGUUUGCUGAACUGCACAAAAGCCACACCUUCCAUGUGCGGAUUGAGGCCUAUCCAAGUCCAACCAUCAUCUGGCUUAAGGACGGUCAGCCCCUGACUUCAGAGAGCAACAGUGAAUUUGCCAUCAGCAGCAAAAAUUCCUCCGAAACCAGGUAUCAAACUACUUUAUCCCUUGUAAGGGUGAAACAGAGUGAGGGAGGUUUAUAUACUGUGCAAGCAUUCCAUGAUGAUGACUCCAAGGAGCUCUCCUUUUACUUACAGAUUAAUGUCCGAGCUAAGGUGACUGAUCUGAGAGAAAACAGCAACACCACCAGUGGGGAGCAAACAGUGACGUGCAUCACCGAAGGAAUGCCCCAGCCGGAGGUUGCCUGGUACAUCUGUGAUGAUGCCAAAUGGUGUGACAAGGAAGCCAACAGGCUCCUGGGGAACACCUCCUCUGGAGAGAUGAAUCUGCAAAUGAAUGCCACGUAUCAAGAUGACCUGAAGAUUUACAUUGUGACAAGCAAGCUGCACCUCCAUGGAGUAAACGAGCCGGUCUUCCUAAGCUGUGCCACUCAAAAUCUCUUGGGUACAGAUUCUCAGAGCAUCACCCUAGUCCCACACCAUUUGCCCUUUAAAGUGAUCAUCAUCUCAAUUAUCUUGGGCUUACUGGUGCUUAUGUGUCUUUUCCUGGUGAUCCUCUUUGUGUUGUGGCGAAAGAAGCCUCGCUAUGAGAUCCGCUGGAAGGUGAUUGAGUCGGUCAGCUCUGAUGGACAUGAAUAUAUCUAUGUGGAUCCCAUGCAGCUUCCUUAUGACUCCAGCUGGGAAGUUCCAAGGGACAAGCUUGUGCUAGGGCGCACACUGGGCUCUGGAGCCUUUGGGCGUGUGGUGGAAGCAAUAGCCCACAGUCUGAGCCACUCACAAUCCACCAUGAGAGUUGCUGUGAAAAUGCUCAAAUCUACUGCCCGAAGCAGUGAGAAGCAGGCGCUAAUGUCAGAACUGAAGAUCAUGAGCCACCUGGGGCCUCAUCUGAACAUUGUCAACUUGCUGGGAGCCUGCACCAAAGGAGGCCCUAUCUACAUCAUAACAGAAUACUGUCGGUACGGAGACUUGGUGGACUACCUGCACAGGAGCAAACACACUUUCCUGCAGGGCUGCAGUGAGAAAGCCAAGCAGGAAUCUGAGGUGUAUGGAAAUACUCCCAGUGAAGACCGGGUGAAGAGCCAUACUUCCUUAUCUGUGGAAAGUGAUGGGGGCUACAUGGAUAUGAGUAAGGAUGAAUCAUUGGAUUAUGUGCCUAUGUCAGACAUGAAGGGUGAAAUCAAGUAUGUGGACAUUGAUUCCUCCAAUUAUGGUACUCCUUAUGAGCUGGACAGCUAUUCACCAUCAGCGUCUGAGAAGGUGACAUUGAUAAAUGAGUCUCCUCUCCUCAGCUAUGCAGAUCUUGUUGGAGUUAGUUUCCAAGUAGCCAAUGGAAUGGCGUUCCUGGCUUCCAAAAACUGUGUGCACCGAGACCUGGCUGCGAGAAAUGUGCUGAUCUGCGAGGGGAAGCUGGUGAAGAUCUGUGACUUUGGCCUAGCUAGAGACAUCAUGCGGGAUUCCAAUUACAUCUCCAAAGGCAACACCUUCUUGCCUUUGAAAUGGAUGGCCCCGGAGAGCAUCUUCAACAACCUCUACACCACCUUGAGUGAUGUGUGGUCCUUUGGGAUCCUUCUCUGGGAAAUAUUCACGCUCGGUGGGACUCCAUAUCCUGAACUGCCAAUGAAUGAGCAAUUCUACAAUGCCAUUAAACGUGGCUAUCGGAUGUCGAAGCCGACCCACGCAUCUAACGAGAUCUACGAAAUCAUGCAAAAAUGCUGGGAAGAGAAAUUUGAGAUCCGACCUUCUUUCUCUCAGCUGGUGGUACUCAUGGGGAACCUUCUGGAAGACACCUAUAAGAAGAAGUAUCAACAGGUCAAUGAGGAAUUCUUGAAAAGCGAUCACCCUGCUGUUGUCCGCACAAGGCCCAGGAACGCAGGACUCUACAACUCCAGGUCCACUGCAGAUGAUAAUGCCAGUUCAAGCUCUGUCCUCUAUACAGCUGUGGAGCAGAAUGGACUGGACAAUGAUUACAUCAUUCCUUUGCCUGACCUUAAACCAGAAGGCGCCAAUGACAACCUUCAGGAUGCCUCCAGCAGUCGGGCAAGUUCUACAUUGAAUGAAGCAAACACUUCAUCUACCAUAUCCUGUGACAGCCCACUAUCCGCUCAGCAAGAAGAAGAGCAAGAAGCACCAGAACUAAAACCAGACUGCUAGGGUUCCUAGAGCUCUCUCUCUGUGUGUGUGUGGGGGGAACAUGCAGGCACAUGUGGUGGUGCUGGGGGUUUCCAACCAAAAGCUAGUACAUCCCUCUCCUUCAGCCCUAUAGUGCAGUUGAAGCUUGCCUUUCCUUCCUCUUCAACUCAAAGCAGAAGCCAGGAAUUGUAACAUGGAAGAGACUUCCCUGUGUCCGAUAGUACAUCUGUAACUUCCAGUAAGAUUGCAGACUAAAUCAAUCCACACUUCUUAAUUGGGACUGUUUUCAUUCCAUCACUGAAUGCAGAUGUCAUUCUCCAUUCAUGUUCCCCUCUGAUAACUUAGAAUGUCAUGAGACUGAGUGUGGAAUCUCACCUUUCACUUAACAGCUACACUGCCUUAUUGCAGGAGAGGGAGAAAUUUAUGGGUAAAAAUAGUCUCUUCUCCCCACUGUAAAACAUGCCUGCAUUGUAUCAGGCAAAAGACAAACUCUCCAGGGCUUCCAUUGGGGAGUACCAUGACCUUUUCCCACUUUGUAUCUUUGCAAGUUUAUUUUUGAGGCCAAUAGCUGUUCAUGAUCAAAUCACACCUUUCAACACCUGUCCUGAAAGUGUGGAUGGGUGGUGUAUGGAUGGACAGACAGAGCCUGGGCAUUUCAUAAAAGCUGACUAAUGAGACACAGAGAAGUGACCUGCUCACAAGUUCAGCCAAUUUUCAAACACUGAAUAGAUUGUCUAUUCAGAGCAGUGUUAUGAUGAUGACCAACAGAAGCGCAAGCCCGGGCAUUUGAGUUGGAGUCUGCUCUUACUUUCCUGGGUUCUCCAGUGCUUUUGCUGUAGGGCCAGCACUACAAGAAUGAUGGUACAAUAUUGAAAGUCCCAUGGAUUAAAGGUACUCAGAGAUAUCAAGCACCUGCACUUGUCUAAGCUAGACCUAAGAGGCAUCUUUAUUGGACGAGGGCAUAUGGAGCAAAUGGAGACUGACAGUAGAAUGACUCUACUGUACCAACAGCAGGACAUUCCAUUGGCAGGUGUCUCUGGGGCAGGGUCAUUAGGGGUGGGGCUUGCAUGUCAGCCGCUUCCCCCUCCCCAGUUUAGCCCUCCCAUGUGGCAGGUGAACACCUGCAUGAAGCUCUAAUGCUAUGUGAAACCUGUGACUACAUUUCAUGCAUCUGUAUUGAUUUUAAAAAAACCAAAAUGGUUGCUACAUGGGUGGGACUAUGGGGAGGAGGUUAACUCUUCCCUGUCUUCCACCCAGUCCUGAUGAAAACUGUUCACCCCCACAACAACAUUGGGUUUUUCAAUCCAUGUACUGAUCCACCCCUUUUUUUUUAAUUAGACAUCUCCACCUACCACCACCCCUCCACCACUCCCAAUACUGUAUUUGCUCUUUCUUUCUUUCUUUUUUGAACCAUUGCCAGUAUUUGUUUAUUCAUUUAGAUUAAGAAUAAUAAUAGAGGCCAGGAAUGUUUUCAAAAGAACAUUCUGUUUAAAAGGAGCACUGUUACUGUGGUCAGAAAAGAUCUCCUGUAAAUCAUGGUCAGUGCAGGGUUGAUCUCUUUCCAGUCUAUAAGACACCACCUUUGCAAUCAGCCUUUGAAAUUACACUGUGAAUAGCAAAUGUUUUCCUAGUUAGUCACUCACCUAAUUGGGCUCCUCUUAACGAGCAAUUUAUUGCACGCUCGUGAUUGGCAUGAAGUUUUCUGGUUGAUUUCAUGACGUCAUCAACUGCUAGGACAUCUCCCACUGAAUCCUCUGGAAAUCCCAGGAUAAAAAGAACUGCUUUUACAGUGGCAAUAGCCAGGAAACAGCAGUAUCUUCCACCACUAGGUAGUGCUGUCUCAAUAGAACUCAAUGGAACUGCAUGAAGAGGAAAUACUCAGUUCAUAA